AUGAACGAGGAUAAACACUUCAAUGAUUUUGAGAUAACAUAUUUGUUAUACUCGUGGACUCAUCUCCUUCAACGGGAACAAAUUUCAACUUUGAGUAGCACGUGCGAAAAUCUUCAUUUAUUCACGAAGAAUAAUAUUCUUCGUCCGUUGAUCAUCGUUUUUAUAUCCGAGUCUGAUGGAUUUUGGAAAUUUUCGGAACACACGAAGACCAUGAAAAUGUCUUUAUUCGCAUGGUUCGUGAUAUUCUACACGGCGAACAAGCAGUACGACUACUGUCACAAUCCACCUGGAAAUGCAUUUAAUUUGCUGUACGAUACCGAAAUGCUAGUAAUGUGUUACGGUGAUCCUAUUCUUCGGGAGUGGUACUCGGUGGAUGGCAAGACUACGAAAAUUUCUAAUUUGGUGAAAUGGCACCCCGAAAGGCAACCAUUUGAAUCGUCGAAGCCCAUAGUCGACUUAUUGAGCAACUUGAGUCUGUACGACAGGAGGAAGAAUCUAGAAGGAAAAGUUUUUCGUGCUGUCGCUGUCAAGAAGUCGUUAUUAGUGAAGCUAAAAAAUAACCGAUGGGAGGGAUAUUUUAGCAAAGCGAUCGACGAGCUUGCGGAUACUUUGAAUUUCACUUUCAAUCUGGUAGCCCAAGAGACCGAGUUCGGAAUCUUCAAUAGGACGACGAGAACUUGGAACGGGGCAUUUCGAUAUGUAGCUUCCGGGGAAGUGGAUAUUGGAAUAUCCGAUUUUUCGAUGACCAAUACUAGACUCGAUUACGCUGAUUUCACGGUUCCUAUUUUUACUACUAGAAACUAUUUGUUCAUAAAGCAACCAGAAAUGUUCGCAGUGAAGUGGUUCGCUUAUUACAAGGCUUACAAUUUCACGCUCUGGAUGUGUCUCAUCGUGACGAUAGUAACUACCCAGUUUGUUAUGGCUUUCAUAAGAUCUCGUACAGAAUCCUGUAGCAUAAGGCGACAGUUCUUUAACGAAUUCAUUCGAAUCUGGGGUAUUUUCUGUCAGCAAGGAGUCACGACAGAAUUUCCACAGAAUUCGUCUUUGAGGGUAGCAUACUUUACUGUGCUUGUCACCGCUAUAGUGAUAUACACCGCCUAUUCUGCCUCCUUGAUAUCUUUCAUGACAGCCCGCGUUCCCUAUGUACCUUUUCACUCGCUCGAGGAAUUCAUCGAGGAUGGUACAUACGGUGUAAUGGUACAGAGAGGUUCCGCGGAGUACGACAUGUUUUCCCAAACGAAGGACCCAGUGUUGACGAAGUUCAUGAAGUUGAUGUUACCGAUGGACAAGUUACCGCACAAUAUAGAAAAUGGAUUUAAACGAAUAUGCGACAAUCCCAAGUUAGCGUUCUACAGCGGUUAUAAUAAGAAAGUGCAGCAAAUAAUGAGCAUCCACAUUCCGUGCAAAGUCUCGGUUGUCGAUUUUGGCCGAGUGGACAGUUUGUCUCUGAUCCUUUCGAAGAAUAACCAGUUCACGCCGAUUCUGAGUUACUACAUACAGAAAAUUUUGAACAGUGGUCUACUGAACCGGUACAAGAGCGAAGUAACUUACGUGGAGGACACCAUAUUUCAACCGGUUGGAUUUUACAGCAUCGCAUCUGUGUUAAUUAUCUACCUCUGCGGCGUUGCAUUAGCACUUGUACUGUUACUCCUUGAGAGAUAUAUUAAUUAG